GUGUGUAUGAGGGCGGGCGGUUGGAAAGCGGCGGUUGCUGGUGGUCCGCGCGCGCUCGUCUCGCGAGAUCCGCGUUGGCGCGCCGUGACCUCCAUGUGAGAGCAGCGGCGCCUGGUAAACAGUCCUCGGGGUUAGGACAUGGCUCCCGCCGCCGGCGCCCGUUAGUUCCACACGGUGGGGGAAGCCUUCCUUUGCUGGUCCCUCAGGGCAGCUCCUGACAGGGGCUUUGCCGCCAUUCCGAGUGCGGCUGCGGAAAGGGAGAAAGGAAGGGGCCGCGAGGGCGGCUGGCGGGGCGAGGAAAGAGGCAGCGAGGAAGGCCGGCAGCUGAGGAGGCUGGCGGUGGUCCUCGGGGUCUGAGGGAAGGAGCUUCCUACCCCCGCUGCCGCCCCCCGCUUCUCUCUCCGGUGCUCCGAGCCGGCGGGAAAACCGCCCCCCGCCCCUCUUUCGUCCUCCUCUGGGUGCGCGCCAUGUGGAUCCAGGUGCGCACCAUCGACGGCGCGCAGACCCAUACCAUCGACGACCUCAGCCGCCUCACCAAGAUCGAGAGCCUGCGCGAGAAGAUCGAGGAGAGCUUCCGCGUCAGCCCGGACAGGCAGCGCCUCUUCUACCGGGGCAAGCAGCUUGAAGAUGGACACACCUUAUUUGAUUAUAAUGUUGGACUGAAUGAUAUAGUUCAGCUUUUGAUACGCUCAGAAUCUGAUGCUCCUGCUUCUCCAUCAACAAAUGAAGAUGGAAAGCCCAGUUCCUGUGGAGUUGUGAACUGUAAGAACAAAUCCAAGCAAGGAGCAAACAGUGGCUCAUCUAAUCAGCCAUCUACAUCAGCACGUUCGUUUCUUAUUGAUCCUGGCAUUGGACGAUACAAGUUUAUGAGUAGGCAGAAAACAAUAAAAACAGGAGAAACCACCAACAUUAUAAUAAAUGAACUUGUGGAUGCCCGAGAUGAUACUAUUGGAUCCUGGUUUGAAGCUCAUAUACAAAACGUAACUCAAGCAACAAAAGGACAUAAAAAUGGAAAAGCACAAGGAAAGAGUGGCAGUAAUUACAAAAGGACUAAUGGAAACUUAAACCAAGAUCACUCUAGAGAAAAUGCAAAUAAUUUGGACAAUGCACCUUCUACAUCUUACUCAGAUUAUAUGGACACUGAAGAAGACACUGUUUAUCAUAUCAAGUAUGAUGAGUAUCCAGAGAGUGGCAUCGUAGAAAUGUCUGUCCGUAAUCUACGGCCACGAGCAAGAACUAUUUUGAAGUGGAAUGAAUUAUGUGUGGGUGAUUUGGUGAUGGUUAACUACAAUGUAGAGAGUCCGGAAGAGAGGGGAUUCUGGUUUGAUGCAGAAAUAACCUCUCUGAGAGAGAUUUCAAGGACUAACAAAGAAGUUUAUGCCAAAAUUUUGCUGGGCGGUCCAGAAAAUGUCAUAAAUGAUUGCAAACUCCUUUUUAUAGAGGAAAUAUACAAGAUUGAAAAGCCAGGAGCGUAUCCACUGACAUUUGCAGACGGAGAGUUCAAAAGAAAGAGUGGUCCAGAAUGCAAGCAUUGCAGAGCGGACCCUGAUAAAGAAUGCCGAUUUUGCUCUUGUUAUUUGUGUGGAGGGAAACAGGAUGCCCAUAUGCAACUUCUUUGUGAUGAGUGCAAUAUGGCCUACCAUAUAUACUGCCUGAACCCACCUUUAAGCAAGAUACCAGAAGAUGAAGACUGGUACUGUCCUUCCUGUAAAAAUGAUUCUAAUGAAGUUGUAAAAGCUGGGGAAAAGCUCAAGCAGAGUAAAAAGAAGGCAAAGAUGCCAUCUGCCUACACAGACAGCCAGCGAGAUUGGGGCAAGGGUAUGGCUUGUGUUGGUCGUACUAAGGAAUGCACUAUUGUUCCUUCUAACCACUAUGGACCCAUACCUGGAGUUCCUGUUGGAGCAACCUGGAAGUUCAGAGUUCAGGUGAGUGAAGCAGGUGUUCAUAGACCUCAUGUUGGUGGAAUUCAUGGACGGAGUAAUGAUGGAGCUUAUUCCCUUGUGCUGGCUGGAGGAUUUGAAGAUGAAGUAGAUCGAGGUGAUGAAUUUACUUACACUGGGAGCGGUGGAAGAGAUCUGUCCGGCAAUAAAAGGAUUGGAGAACAUUCAUUUGAUCAAACUUUGACACACAUGAACAGGGCACUGGCGCUAAAUUGUGAUGCCCCUCUGGAUGAUAAAAAUGGAGCCGAGUCUAAAAACUGGAGAGCUGGCAAGCCAGUCCGAGUGGUUCGUAGCUCAAAGGGCCGAAGGAUCAGCAAAUAUGCCCCUGAAGAAGGCAACAGAUACGAUGGCAUUUAUAAAGUGGUGAAAUACUGGCCUGAAAUUGGAAAAUGUGGAUUCUUAGUUUGGCGCUAUCUUCUGAGAAGAGAUGAUGCUGAACCUGCCCCAUGGACUUCAGAAGGAAUGGAAAGGUCAAAGAAAUUGGGCUUGAGUUUACAGUACCCGGAAGGCUAUUUGGAAGCUAUGGCAAGUAAAGAAAAGAAGGAUAAAGUAAAAAAGCAACCUACGAAACAGGAGCCAACAGAACAGAGCAACGGAAAUCAGAAAAGACUGAUUGAUGAUGAAGGAAUUGAGGAACCUACAAACGUGGCCAAAGUCAUGAAGAUGGAAGAUGGAGGGAAAGGAGACGGCGGCAAAGGAGAAGCUUUCCAGCUCACUCAGCAACAGCAGUGGUUGAUUCAGGAAGAUUCACCGAACCAGAAGCUGUGGGAUGAAGUUCUCGCUUCUCUUAAGGAAGGACCAAACUUUUUGAAGAAACUGGAACAAUCUUUUAUGUGUGUCUGCUGCCAGGAGCUGGUAUACCAACCGGUGACCACAGAGUGCCUCCACAAUGUCUGUAAAAGCUGUUUACAGCGCUCCUUUAGAGCUGAAGUCUUCACCUGCCCUGCUUGCCGACACGACCUUGGAAAGGGCUACACCAUGGUUCCCAACAAAAUACUGCAGACACUACUUGACCAGUUCUUCCCUGGUUACAGCAAAGGACGAUGAUACGAGUUCAGUUCUCAGUAUACUUCUCUUAAUGACUUACAGACUGUACAAAGAGAAGAAACCAGGAAAAUUCAAAAGUGGACCAGCUGGCUUGAGCGCAGUUCAUACGACUGUCACAUUGUGGAGCGGCUAACUCAACCUUCUUUCCCAUUUUGCAAUUUUUUUUGUGUAGCGAGAACUUCACAUUCUCAGCUGACUUUCAACACUGAAGGUAGUUUUGGACAGAUGACAACAAGGGGGGAGGAAUACAAGCCUUGGCUCUGACUGGCCACAACAGCGGAUGCUUCAGAUUGUUUUUUGUAACUACCUCAGAUGGAGGAAAACAAAUUGUGGGGAAUUUUAAGAGCGUGUCAGAUGAAGUUCAGCUACACACUGCCUCCUGAAUAUUAGUUUGCCUGGUCCAUGCAGUUUGAUUUUACAACAAGAAAACAGCACUUAAGCCAGUUUUUAAUUACAGAACAUCAAAUUCUGUGGUGUGCAUAAUCUUUUUGUGCGUGUGCAUUUUCUGCCAUUAUGCUGUUUUUCUUAAUUUCUUUUGCAAGAACAGGCUUUUAGUCUAUUUUUGUGAGCGUCAUUGUGCUCUUGUAUCUUAUGCAAGUUGACUACUAAUGACUGAGAACAAUAUGAAUGCAUUGUUGCUGUUAAUGUAAAGUGAUUUGUGUUUUUUGCACUUAAAGAGGGUAUUCAAAACACUCUAGUUGUGUAAAAACUAUUUCGUAUGAAACAAGCCACUUUUGUAUUAGGUAAAACUGUAUGCUUUUAGUAGGUCUUGUAUCAGUGGCAAUACAUCUUACACAGCAUUGAGAGCAGUGCUAGCUUGGAGAGGGCUCAAAUCGCUUCAUAUUGUGAUCUGAAAUUUUAUAUACAGUAUAUUCCUCUUCCCCAAUAUACCUUAUUAAAUAUUUUAUGAUUCAUAAA